GGAGUGAAGUAGUGGGAGAGAGCUGCAGUCAUUUGACACAGCAGGCUGUGGUAUAACAUUUGCUAGUAAUUUGGAGGACUGAACGAGGAUAUUAGUAAAUUUUCUUUUUUCAACUGUUUGUGUCUUGGUGGCAAAUCCUAGCUACUUACCCUUGCUUUUGAGAGGAAAUAUUACGAGCACCAGGCUGACAUUGCAAAGGAAAUAUAGUCGGAGUUUAAUCACGGAUUUUCUGUUUUGUUUUACUUUAUGACAGUAAGACAUGUAAUGGUUGCUAUUUACCUGACCUCCUGGUUCUGACUACCCCUAAGAAGUGAACGUUUGGCAAUCUAUAUGCAUGAUUUUUUAAUACUAUGUUUUUUAAAUGAACAUUUUGUAACUAAAGGGCUGCGUUUUGCUGACAAAGUCAACUGUUGUUGAAGCUUGUUUGUGUUUUGCUAUGUGGGGGAAAGAAAUUUUCUCAGAUAUGUAUUUUUGUGAUACAGAAUUGGCACGCAUUAAGUAUUUUUGGCCAGAUUUACUCAAUUUGUGCAGACGUUAGCAGCUGGAUAACUGUAACUUAUGACGCAUAAAAGAAGUUCCUGGAUGUUUAUCCAUUCAUUAGCAGACCUUUCGUGAUGUCAUACUGAAAUUGGAAAUAUUGUUUUCAAAAACCUAUUUUCUGCGCAUAUAUUAUGCGGAUUGUUGUUUCCUUGCCGUAUGAUAUCUGGCAUGCAAUAAUUUUGCCUGGUGGAGGAACUCGGCUUCGACCGAUGGACUUGUGAUACUGCAGUCCACUGGGGAUAUUCUAGUUUGUAUACAUCACCCAACAGGAAGGUGUUCUUACUCUUGCCUCACAUUUCCACACUGAAAUUCUCCAGUUUUAAAGGGAAGAAGGAGAAACCUCGGUUGAAGUGCUUUGUGCCCUGUGUGAAAACAUGUCAACAAGGGAUAAUCCGUGCAGAAAAUUUCAGGCCAACAUUUUUAAUAAAAGCAAAUGUCAGAACUGUUUUAAACCACGAGAGUCGCAUUUGCUGAAUGAUGAAGAUUUUAGUCAGGCAAAACCAGUAUAUGGAGGAUGGUUGCUGCUGGCCCCGGACGGAACAGAUUUUGACAAUCCAGUGCACAGAUCAAGGAAAUGGCAGAGGAGAUUCUUCAUCCUUUAUGAACAUGGACUUCUACGGUAUGCCUUAGAUGAAAUGCCGACUACCCUCCCUCAAGGUACUAUCAACAUGAAUCAGUGCUUAGAUGUUGUAGAUGGAGAAAGCCGCACAGGACAGAAGUCAUCCCUCUUGAUCCUGACACCUGAGAAGGAAUACUUUAUUAGGGCAGAAAAUAAAGAAAUAAUCAGCGGGUGGUCUACAGUGCUACUGGUUUACCCAAGAACCAACAAACAGAAUCAGAAGAAGAAAAGGAAAGUGGACCCUCCAACUUUACAGGACAUUUUCCAGCUCCCAGUGACAUUUUCACCAGAAGACAUGAACAAAGGAUUCGAACCCGGGCCUGCUAAGGUGACAGUAACCAGCAGUUAUAGCUUGCCCAAUAUCCCAAGUGCUGAGAAAAUGCCAUCUACAAAGUCAACGCUUUGGCAGGAGGAACUGAGGAGUAAAGAAGUGCAGAGUGGUGAUGGUAGUCUUCCUAACAGCCCUGUGCAGAGCCCAUCUUCACCAAUUAGCUCACUCCAGGAGACUGUCACCAGGAGAAAAGAAGAUCGUAGCUCCACAAAUGCUGACCAUGUGGACACUGGAAGGAAGGCACGUGUUGAGAGUGGAUAUUUUUCCUUGGAGAAGACCAAAGACUUGAACCAGCAGGAGCAGGUGACCUCUCCUACAAGCUACAGCACUUCCAGCAACAGGUAUAUUUACAGCCAAAAUGACAGAGGGGCUCAAUGCCUCUCUCCAGAGUACAGUGACUCUUUUCCUCCCCCAGGUAGUCUGCUGUCUAAUGGAUCUACCAUUAGCUCCUCCCAGAGUUCUCUGGACUCAGAUAACAGCAACAGCACACAGGCAAGUGCAGAGGGCAGAAGCACAGAGAAGCCAGUGCACGUGUCAUUUGCUCGGUCCCCCAGGCAGUAUGCCACUCUGGCUGAUAUCCCCAAGGCAAAGAGGUUGACCAACAGGGAAGCCUUUCAGGCAGAGCAAAAACGGAUGGAGCAGCGAGCUCGGGCACGUAGUCCUGGAAGGGAGGAGGUAGCCCGUUUAUUUGGUCAUGAAAGGAGGAGAUCCCAGGUGAUUGAAAAGUUUGAAGCACUGGACAUUGAACAAGCAGAACAAAUGGAAACAAGCUGCUCAGCAGAUGUCUGCCAAACACACGAGACACGACAAGGGAGGAGUGAAAAACGUGUCUUUCCUAAGAACCGAGAAUUUGCUGUUGAAGGUUCUGCAGUUGGCUCCCUUCCAGAUGUGUCAGCUUCUUCGCUGUCUUCAUAUCGUCGUGCUAAAUCUCUUGAUAGGAAAGCUACUGAGUCUUCGAUGACACCUGACCUGCUCAGCUUUAAAAAAGGAUGGUUAACAAAGUUAUACGAAGGUGGGCAGUGGAAAAAGCACUGGUUUGUGCUAACAGAUCAGCACCUAAGAUUCUACAGGGAUUCUUUGGCAGAGGAGGCUGCUGAUCUGGAUGGAGAGAUUGAUUUGUCAGCAUGCAAUGAUGUUACUGAAUGUCCAGUCCAAAGGAAUUAUGGAUUUCAGAUAUGUACAGCAGAUGGCUCAUUUAUCCUGUCUGCUAUGACAUCAGGAAUCCGUCGCAACUGGAUCCAAGCUAUUAUGAAACAUGUGCACCCAUCAACCACUCCAGAUAUUGCCAAGAAAAAACUAUUUUUGCCAUUGUCCGUGCUGAAGCCCAGCUCCUUGCCUGAUGAGAAGAGUAAAUCAAGAACAGCCAUUGCAGAUGGUGACAAAUUAGUUGGGAAACCGGAUGCAGAUGGCAUUAACACAGAGACUGGUAAUGCAGAUCAGAGGAGGAGUAGGGCUCGUGAGCGCAGGAAGGAGGGAAGAUCAAAAACUUUUGAUUGGGCUGAAUUUCGUCCAGUACAGCAGGCCUUUACACAAGAAAAGGACAUUACUGCAAAGACAUCAAAAAAUGUAAGCUCUCAUCUCAGGGAUACAAGCACUUUGGAAGCAGACUGUGGUCAGCUGGAAAAAGAACGGGCUCGAAGGAGAGAGGAAAGGAGGAAACGGUUUGGAACAGUUGAUGUUGUCGAUGGUUCAACUACUGAUGAUAUGACUAGGAUGGAAAUAGACCAGGUUUCAGCAUGUCUUGACAGGGUACAGGUAAAACCACAGGAUGUUCAUGUAGAGAUUGAACAGCGGUGGUAUCAGGUAGAAACUACCCCACUUCGUGAAGAGAAACAGAUUCCUAUUGCCUCACUGCAUCCUCCUGCAGAUGCCAACAUACUUCCAUCCCAGGAACUGCCACCUCUUCUGAGUAAACAGCUGGAUCAGGCACAGAAGGAGCUCACAAGCCUUUAUGAAGAAAACCGUUUGCUGCAGGAGAAUUUGAAAGUUGCCCAAGAGCGAGAGCAGAGUGCCCGGGAUGGCUAUGUCUUGCAGACUGAGGUGGAUGCAUGGGAGGAGCUGAACAGACUUCAUCAGGAUCAGCAGACUGAGCCUAAUGCUAUACAGCAACAUCAGGAGCUGAGCGGAAAACAGCUUAAUUCUCUGAAGCACAGCUGUGGGAAGGCAGAAAAUCAAAUUAAACAGCAGGAAGUUGAAAUUCAGAGGCUGAAAUCCAAGCUGAGUAUUUCUCUCUCUGAAACUGUAGUCAAAGAGCAAGCACUGGCAAAACUGGCGAGUGUAAUGAAACUGGAAAAAGACAAGUCAAAUGAGUUGUUUGAAGAACUGCAGCAUAAUGAAGAAAUAUUGCAUUCCCAGUUAAAUGAUAGUGAAGAAAGACUGAAAGCUGCUGAAAACUUGCUUCUUGAAAAGACUCAAGCGUUUAGAGACCUUGAAAGACAAUAUGCAUUGCAGAGAGAUUAUCAGAAAGAAGUUCAGAGACUUCAGGAAAAAAAUUCUGAUCUCACUGAGCAGCUUACAAUAAGUGAACAAUCCCUUGUUUUUAAAGAAGAGAGAUUUCAGAUGGAGUUUAAACUUCUUCAAGAAAAUUUUGAGAGAGAAAAAAACACAUUAACAAAAAACCUGAAGGAAUCCAAAGAUAGACUCAAAGAUUAUGAAGCCAGAUUGCAGGACACUGAACAAAAGAUAAAACUUUUGCAGAAUUUGUUGUGUUCAAAACCUGAAAAUAGUCAGUUAGUUCAGCAGCUUGAAGAACAGCUUGAAAUAAAAGAGGGAACUAUUCAGAGCCUUAACGAACAUAUCCAAGAAAUUAAAGAAGAGAAAAACGAGCUUGAUUUUAAGUACCAAGAAAUACUAAAUCAACUAACAGACACAGAUAGUGAAGUGGCCAAACUGCAGACCAGGUUGCAGUCUCAGGAGACAGACUACUAUAAUCUCGAACACAGUUAUGAAAAAGUGUCUGAAGAGUUCCAGCAGGUUCAGAAAAUGGUGCAGGUAAAGGAAGAAGAGCUAAAACAAGUGAAAGAGAUGUAUGGGAAAAUGAUUGAGAAGAAGAAUAUAGACCUUAAUGAAGCUCUUAUUAAAAUGGUAGCUUUAGGCAGCAGCUUAGAGGAGACUGAAAGUAGAUUGCAUGCAAAAGAGAUGUUGUUGACAAAAUGGGAAUGUGCUGAAUCUGGGCUUGUGUCUGGAGGGAAGGAAGAGAUGAGCAAUAGGCUACAAACUGCUGAAAACCGCAUAACUGAGUUACAACAACACAUACAGACUCUUCAGUUGAGUUAUGAUGAGCUCCAGCAAAUACAUAUUAAACAGCAAAAAGAAAAAAAUCAAAGUUUGGAAAGUUUACACAAGAAACUAUUUCUAAACUCUACAACUAAAGAGAUAAAAGAUCCAUUUAAUCCAGUGCAGCUUCCAUGUGAAGAUGUAAAAGAAAGAUUUAUAAGCUCUGACGCAGGUAAUGAUUGUACUAAAAGACAAAGAAUAAGAUUCUCAUGCAUCCAGUGUCAGAAAUACCUGCAUCCUGAAGAUCCAGACAAGAGGUGGACUAGGAUUUCUUCACAUGGGUCUCAGGCUGUCUCUUUUUCAGGAAACAAUGCAUCAUCUGAAUCAUCAGCCCACUGUAUUCCUUCUGAAAUGAAUAACUCUGAUGAAUGCAUUUCUGUCAUCCAUUCAUUAGAAGUAAAACUUCACGUAGCCGAGGAAAAACUAAAAGAAGUAACACUGGAACUUGAAAGCCAGCAAAGUCAGAAGAAUCAUGAAGUUCUUAUGAAGUUGCAUUCCAAGUGUGUUAAGACAGAGUCUCAGUUAAGAGAACAAUUGCGGGACUGCUUGACAAGAGCUGACAAUUUGGCACAGCAGGCAGAUUCAGAAAAAAUUGAAAAACUCAGGUUACUUGAGGACAACAGCAGCUACUUAAAAGAUAUUCAGGGUAAAAAUAAUCAUACCUUAUUUUGUUUAGAAACCUGCAGGAAGAAACUGCAAGUACUGAUGGAAUGCAAGGACAACAAGGAUGCAUUAUUCUUCCAAACUUUGUCUGAUAUUAAAACAAGCUUGGAUAGUGUAAUUGUAUUUUUAAGGGAACCAUGUGAUUCCUAUGGACACCAGAAAGUUAACAGCUUUACAACACAUAACUGUGCUGAAAAAAUGGAGGAUAGUGUUUUUUAUGAACUUGAAAUGCAAGAAGAUAAACUGAAAUUAUUUACAGAGCAUUUAGCAUUUGAAGCAUCUGUAUUAUCCAAGAUGGCAGGUGUGCUGCAGUGUGCAGACUCUGAUGUAUUACAAAGACUUAAUGAGAUGGACAAAGCAGCAGAAGCUUAUUUACUUAGCACAGACACCUCCAGUAAAAUAAAGGCUUAUGCAGAUCUUUUAACCAAGAAAUUGCUCUUUGAAAAUGAACUCUGUGCUGAGUUAGAUAGUCUAAGAAAGCAAUUAAUUGAUAAUGCAAGCACAUUAGGAAACAAAAAUGUAAAUAAUACUUACCUGGAUAGUUCUGCGAAUACUUUGGCCGACAGUACAUUGCUAAAGGCAGAACUAGUUUUUGCUGGACAAAAGACAGAUUGCUUUUUACCUUAUAGGUUGCAAACCCUUGAAGAAAACCUCAAAAAAAUGAAGUUGACCCUUCAAAAAAGGGAGCAAACAUUACUGGAAAUCAUUAAGCUCUGUAAGGAUUCAGAAUUACAUAAAGUUAUUGAAGUGUUUUCUGAGAAUAUUGGCACACAGCAGGAAUCACCAGGAAGAAUAGUUUCAGGUAUCAGCCAGCCAGAACUGGUACUGUCUAUAAAUCAAACAGAAGUGGAAAAAGACUGUAUCAUGUCACUUGAGGAUGUAGGUGUACAGCUUAAUGAAGAUACCUGUGACUCUAGUAGGCACUAUAAGUCCCCCAUUCAAGUUCAACUUGCCCGUCAUCUUAAGAAAGAAGCAGAUCUCCUGCAGUGUUUAUCUAGUAGUCUUCAGUCAGAUUCUUCUGAAGAUCUGAAGGUCAUACAGUGUAAUCUAAUUGAGGUUUCCCAAGCCUUGUCUAGAUAUACCUGUGUAAAAAAACAUGGGGAUAUUUCACCAUUUCUGGUGAAAGAAGCAGUUAACCAAGCACAGAUUUUGUGUGCUGUCCAUCAUUUGAGACUAGAGUAUGAAAGGGAAUUAGAGAGAGACAACGAUGCAUGGAAAGGUGUGGACAUUACUUGCCAUGAACAAAUGGGGAUUCUUUCUGCUAUUCAAGAAAAAUAUGAAGAUAUACUGAAAAGAGAAAAACUUUAUUACACUGAGGCUAUCCAGAACCUUAAGAAGCAAAAUGAUGACCUUAAAGUACAAGCAUCUCAACAUAUCAGUGAGUUGGACUUGAAGGAGGAGAGUCUCAAAGCAGUGAAGGAACAGUAUAGGCUUGAGUUACAAGGGUUGAAAGCAACACAUGAACGAGAUAUGUCAAAAAAGGAGGAUGCUUUCAAAGAAAAAAUGAUAGACAGCCAAAACAGACUCGAUGCUGCUUUGCAGCAUCUUGAGAGCAAGGCAAAAAAACAUACUGAGGAGAGCCAAUGUUUGAAGGAUAUGUUCCACCGUAAAUCACAAGAGUUACAGAUUAUGCUGGAAAAAGAAAAGCAGCAAUUAUGUAGCCUCCAUGUACAAAACCUAAGAGAGCUUCUAGCUUUGUUUGACAACUGUGAGGACUCAUCUGAGUCUCUAUUUGACAGGUUUAAAUCCAGUGGCAAAGAUACUGCAGUAAAAUGCAAUACAAGCUGCGUAAAUUGUGUGCAGGUUAACAUGACAGAAGUGAGCCCUCUGCUUCUGCUUAGAGAUCGAAUUCAGGAUCUUAAAGCUCAGAUGAAUGCAAUGAAAUGUGAGUUGGAACAUAAACAUAUAGAAGAUGAAUCAGGUCUUAAGGACAAAGACCAGGAAGAUUUGGAGAACUUAAAGGCUACCUGUGAGAGAGGUUUUGCAGCUAUGGAGGAAACGCAUCAUAAAGUGAUUGAAGAUCUUCAGCGGCAGCAUCAACGGGAACUGGAGAAACUAAGGGAGGAGAUGGACAGGUUAUUGGCUGAGGAAACAGCUGCUACAAUUUCUGCUAUUGAAGCAAUGAAGAAUGCCCACCGAGAAGAGUUAGAACGUGAACUAGAGAGAAGUCAGCGAUCACAAAUCAGCAGUAUUAAUUCAGACAUCGAGGCUCUUGGAAAACAGUAUCAGGAGGAGUUAGAAUCAAUCCAGCGGGAACUGGAAGUUCUUUCAGAGCAGUACUCUCAAAAAUGUUUAGAAAAUGCUCAUCUAGCACAGGCAUUGGAAGCUGAGAGGCAGGCCCUGCAGCAGUGCCAGCGGGAAAACCAGGAACUUAAUGCACACAAUCAGGAACUGAAUAAUCGCCUGGCUGCGGAAAUUACACGGUUCCGGACACUGCACACUGGAGAGGGACGAGAAGGUGCUGGAUCAUCUCUUGUACAAGGAAAAAGUGCUUAUGAGCUAGAGGUUCUUUUGCGGGUCAAAGAAUCAGAAAUUCAGUAUCUUAAGCAAGAAAUAAGCUCUUUGAAAGAUGAACUGCAGACAUCCUUAAGGGAUAAGAAAUAUGCAACAGAUAAAUACAAAGAUAUUUAUACAGAGCUGAGCAUAGUGAAAGCAAAAUCAGAAUGUGACAUUAGUCGGUUAAAAGAACAGCUGAAAAUUAUGACAGAAGCACUGGGUGAAAAGUCUCCUGAGAACACCACUGCUGCUGGCUAUGAUAUAAUGAAAUCUAAAAGCAAUCCAGAUUUCUUGAAGAAGGACAGAUCCAGUAUUGUCAGGCAGAUAAGGAGUGUAAGGUCAAAGUCCGUUAUUGAGCAGGUCUCGUGGGAUAACUGAGAUGUACCAGAAUGCAGUUUUCCAGUUGCAUAGAGUCUGAAGGAGGGUUUGACAGUUCAAGAAAGAAGGAAGCUCUUUGAAUCAACAGACUAGAUGAACUUUUUUAAGGCACUAUUUUCAGUUUUUUUGUACCUGUUUGUGCCACAGCAGUGUUUUCUUUUGUAAGCUUUCUUAAGCUCCAGAAAUGAAGUCAGAUGACAGUUUACCUCAUCGUAGCAGACCUUCGGUCCACAAGCCUCUGUUUAUAUCUAAGCAGUACCACUUUCAUUUUACCUUACACUGGACUUGCAUUUUAAAAACGUCUGUUUUAUUUUUAAAUGUUGCCAAUAUCAUUUCUGCUUCUUGUAGUAUAUGCUGCAUAUCUGAAGGAAAGCUCCUUCUUUUUCUGCAGUACAUCUCAACGUGGACAGAGGUGUGGACCUCAAGCUGGAAGUACAAAGGGCUGGCCUUUGCAUACUGUGAAGUCUCCAAAUACAGAAAACUGCAAUCAGCUGUUGGAGCUUAGGAAGGUUGUGAUGUUCAGUUAGCCUUGCAUGUCCCUGUUUUCCUGCAACACUUGCAGAACUAUUAUGCUUAUUUUCCCUUUUUUUUUUUUUUUUUUUUUUUUUUUUUUGGAAAAUUUAACUGAGACUUAGGUGAUAGAAGAAUAGUAAAGAUAUUUCAGUGUGGCAAGGGAAAACCAAAAUGGAGAUGCGAAUGUAUUUAAUUGUAGUUCAGUUUUGAUCACUCCACUGAAAGGUCAGAUGUGGCAGAGAUUCCGAGGACAUUUGAGGUGAGUGCAGCAGUGGUUGAAUCUCACUAUGGCAUUGUAUGCUUCCUGAGGUUAAAGUUCCAGUUGCUUACUACUCUUUAAUCAUAUCCAAGUUAAACUACAAGUUUAUUAGUUUAUUGGCAGUCUUAUAUCUACUAUUUCUCUCAUCUUUACACACAAUUGCUUAUCAUCAUCCCCAGCGCGCACACACCAGAUAAUAAUGCAGUGAAUUAAUGGACAGUCAUUUAUCCCAGGGCUAUCUUUAGCCCCAAAAAUCUAUAACAGCUUAUUCAUAGUUUUUUUUCACUGUCAGGAUCUGCCCUUUUUGUUCAGCAUGCUGCAUCUUUCAGCCAAUAGAGUUAAUACUACAAUUAUCAAAAGGGUAGAGUUAUGUACACGUGGAACUUUCAAUCAUUAGAGGCCAAGUUUACUAAUUAUCCAUUCAUCUUUCCUUUAACUACUUCCAUUGAUAUUUGUAGGGCACAUUUAUGUACAUUCUGCAACCUCAGCUUUGCUAAAGUUCCUAUGGGACAAUAAAUCAACUAGGUUUUGUAUCCAUUUUGUAUAUAGAUUCUGGGCAUCUGAUUGGAUAGGUGGCUGAGCUAUUAUCAUCAUUAAUGAUAGCUGUACCUGUGUUUUAAUUAACCAAGGGGUCAACGGCAAGAUAUACUCGCAAGAGAUAGCAAGCAUUGCCAUAUUCUUGGGAUUUAUGGGCAUUCAAGCCAUUAAAUUCAACACUGUAGCUUAAAACCUAAAUGACUUUUGUCACUGGUAAAUGUAAAACCAUUUUUUUGGCUGUAUAACAGUAUUUUUACAGUAAUGUUACUUAGUAUGCAGGCUAAAGCAAGAAUCCUUUUUUUUUUUCUGAAACAGUUUUUCUUAGCAAAGAAUUCAUACAUAAGAUGUUAUGUCACUGAUGGAUCCUAUUUUCAUUAUAUUCUGUAAUUUAUGAAGUUAUUGUAUAGCUAAACAUUCUUUAGAUAUAAAGUGAGCAUAUGUUAGACACUGCUUCCCCUUGCAUACAUGUUCUGUUGUAGUGCAUAAAGGUGCAGGGAAUGCUUACAAAUAAAGUAUUGUUGGACAGAUAAGGAAGAGAGCUUGACAGAAGCCAUACUGGCACAGUCAACAUUUGGAAAAAAAAAAACUUCUAUGAACUUCAUUAACUGCUGUAGGUAGACUUAGUUAUAUUCCUAAGUGCACAGUAAAACUGGAUAAGUGAAGAGUAUGAUAACAUUAGUGGUUCUGUCAGGGAUGUACAUUUUACUCUCUUUAUUUGUUAGAACAUUAAUGCCAGGUUUACUUGCAAGAGUUGUACAUACACCAGAAUAGCUACAGUAAAAUAGGAACUGAAAUUCUCUUGUGGUUAGUGCACAUUAUUAAGGCUGUGAGCUAUUAAGUCUGUUUCCUGUACUUCAAGGUUUGAUUCCCCACAGACUUUGUUUGCAUACUGUGUAACUCUGAUCAAGUCACCUAACUAGGCCAUGCUCUGGAGAAAUGUAGAAAGGUUCCUCAUUCAUCUCCUGGACUGCAUGCUUUGUAACUACCUAUUAACCUGUGAACUGGAGUAGUUGCCAUUUCUUGUUAGUAAGUGAUUCUUUGUUCCCGGCCUUCCUUUCUGGAACCUAUCUUUUCUUAUUCUUGACCCCAGUGCAUAUCUGUUUGUGAUCCUAGUGUUUGCCUGUCACUGGGGUGCCAUCAAAGUGUGUUUGUCUGUUCUUUGGUUGGUAUUCCAUUGCUUAUCUGUUUGUGAUCCUGGGCUGCUGUCCAACUGCAUGUCUGUUAUUGCAUUGCCUUUUCAGUAGCUAUCUUUUAAUCUUAUUAGUUCCAUGCAUGUCUGUUCUUGGUCUACCAUCAGGAGUAGAUCCAGGAUCUGAGAGAUCCACGGAAGAUGAUGACAUGUAUGGGUAAUCACCCCAUUUCCUGAUCCAGCAGUGCAGUACUUGCACAGCAUCAACAAGUCCUGAAGUUAGUAGAUAAAAGAAAUUAGAGCAAAUUAAUCCAAAGUCUCCAGUGAGAACAGAAGUCAUAAAACAUGCCGAUGGACUGUCUUCCUGUAGUGCUGCCUGAGUCCACCUGACUGUAAGAAGAAAUGCAGAUGAUCUGCAUUAAUAGCAACUAAAGCAGGGUUAUAAAACAGCUCUUAGAGCGUCUGUAGUGAUCUUGCAAUAUACUGGAUUUAGUUACUUUUAUAAUUACAUUGAUUUGUAGUUAGAUGAAAUGUCUAUUCGAUACAAAGUAAAAUAUGUAAAUACUUAACUCAGAUAUUUAUUCAGUAUUAACUGAAGCAGAGAAAUUGUUGCAGGAAGCACCUCAAGUGUUAUACAAGAUCAGAUAUUAUGCAUUAUAGUUUAUGCCAAAUCAUACAGAGGUCUUAUUGGGACUGUUCUAUGGCAUAUGUUUUCACGUUUUUAAAAAGAUUUUCUAACAUGCCAAAAACUGUGUGAGAGAAUUUGUACAAUAUUGCUGCUUUUAUAUGUGUACUUACAGUAUAAAUUUGUAAAUGGUGUGAAGAGCUCAAAUUGGACUCUGUCUUAAAGGAGAGGUAUAUUUUGGCACAUAAGGGGUUCCUUCACUAAAGAUGAGCAUGUAAUAUCUUGUCAUUUUCUGCCUUCCAAGUAUAACUACACAUAAAAGAAAACUGUACAUGUUUCCAUUACAAGUCAGCAGACAAAUCCUUUUCUUUAGUUGCUAAAGAUGUAUUCAUCUAUUUUUGUCAUUUUUUUUUGUACAUUUAAUACUAAACCUGUAACUAUCAUGCAAGCCAGCACUUCCUGGCUACUGAAAUCUCAGCUGCAAGAACCAUGGUAACAAAUGUGAAGCAGCAGCGUAACGUUCUUCAUGUUUUGAGAGCCUGCCUUGAUAUUCUUUAAAAAAAAAAAAUUAGAGAGGUGGGAAGUAUAACAUUAUUUUUGAGUUCACAGGUUAAUAACAUUAUUUUUGAGUUCACAGGUUAUCAGUUGUAUAUCUAUGAGAGUGUCUCUUUGCACUAUACUUGUGCAUUUUCAGAGAGGUUACCCAGAAGUGUCAUUUUACCAUAAUGAUGUAUGAUGUAAAUUUUUUUAAUGUAUUUUCAUAGAUUAAUUUCUCUUAAUGCCACUAAAAUUUUGACCUUGGUAAUAAAAUGAACACACUAUAUGAGGGCCAGAAGAUACUGUUAUGAAUGAUGUCAGCAUACAAAAAUGUACUGGCAUAAGGAAAACUAUUGCCUGUUGACAUGGAAACACACUUUGUAUGAGGUUUUCUUCUAAAAAUGUGGUAGAGGUCCUCUUUUAGAAAAUUAGUGUUAUUUUACACUUCCUUAUAGAAAGAAAACUGAAAUAACAAAUGUUGUUUUCCUGGUUUAUAUAAGUAAUUUUGGCAGAUCACUGUGCAUGCUCAACUAACUUUCCGCUUUCUUUAAGAGAUUUGGUUUUGUCUUAUAAAAACUGUUAUUUAAACAUUG